AUGUCUUGCGGAAUCUUGUUUGACCUUUGCUGCGGCAAGGGAGAAGAACGCAACAAGCUUGGAGGGUUCCUGUCCACAGUUACGUAUCGAACUGGAUCCUCUGUAUCCGAAGUUGAUGACGGUGAGACAGAUAAUCAUAUUGCCACAGAUUGGGUCCAUAAUCAUUCCAAACACUCAUCGUCGCUGAGUCACAAGGAAUCCAAUGCUUCGCAAAAUGAAAAAUCGAGCUGUUCCUUGGCAGUUCGAGAAAAGGGACAAGUCGCCUUGGAAUUGAAACGAGGCAAGGAAAUUUAUUCUCAGCCAUUGAGUAUUUUGGGUCAAGAAGACGGAAGCAACAAUAAUAAUGCCUUAUUGUCACUGCAAGACUAUCAACAUCCCGUGUAUCCAAAAUCAUUUGAAGAAGAGGAAUUCCUGAGACGUACCCUGGAACGUUUUGUCUUGUUUGAAGAAUUGUCUUCAGAAGAAAUUACCAAACUCGUCGAGUCGACGGAACGAUACAAGGUCACAGCCGGCACCAACAUUGUCAAGCAAAAUCAAAAUGGACAAUAUUUGCAAAUCAUUCAACAGGGCAAGGUUGAUUUGUAUUGCGAAAUACAGAGUAAAACAUGUGGAACCUUGCAAGCCGGUGACAUUUUUGGCGAAGUCGCUCUGCUGUAUGGAGAAAUUGCCGACGUUUCCUACAAUGCUUCGUCUCCUACUGCCACACUCUGGAGGAUUGAUCAUGCCGUCUUUCGGCACAUUUUGGCGUAUUCGGCCCAUCAACGGGAUUCCAAUAUUUUGGCCUGCCUCCAAAAGAUUCCAAUGUUUCAAUCCAUGGGGGAGUGCCAGCUUACCAAAUUUGCCGACAGCAUGACCCGGGUGACCUUUCACAGGGGAGAACGAAUCGUUACCAAAGGAGACGAGGGAACUGUAUUUUAUCUAGUGGAGGAUGGGUCGGUCAAGGUUCAUGAUAUUGGAAUCGGAGAUAGCAAGGCCGUGGAUCAGUUCUUGCAAGUCGGAGACUGCUUUGGAGAACGAUCGUUAUUGACAGGAGAACCUCGUGCCGCACAUGUAACAGCCGAAUCGGAUACCGUCACACUACUAGCCAUGGAUCGAGAUGAUUUCCAACGGUACAUGGGAGAACUGAAAGAAGUCUUGGACUUUGAUGCCAAGCUACGAAGUCUCAAGAGUCUACCCAUUUUGGCGGAUAGUGACUUGACGCCGGUCGAAUUUGAACGAUUGGCGCAAGGUACCAUUGAGGUUUGCUACCGCAAGGAAACGAAACUAGUAGUAGCUGGGAAUGAGCACAACGAAAAGAAUCUGUGGAUUAUUCGAUCCGGACGAGUCUUGGUAUAUGGAGGCAGUUCCGGCAAGGUUUACAAUCUGCAAUCUGGUGAUACCUUUGGAGAGCGAAAUAUUUUGCGGCAUUCCGAUGAUAUACUGCAGCACGAUGCCAUUGCCGAAGAAAACCUGACGACAUGGAUGCUCAGUCGGGAGAUAUUGGAAUCUGUCCUUGUGGACCUCCGUCGUUUGGGCAAAGAUGCACGAUUUGUCAAGAAGAAGCCCAAACUAUCCAUCAAGGUAAAUGAUUUGAAGAAGCAUAGAAUCUUAGGCGAGGGUGCCUUUGGAAAAGUCUGGUUGACGGAGAAUACCAUGUCCAAGACGACGCCGUAUGCACUCAAGAUUGUCAACAAACGACGAGUCUUGCGGAGUAAACAGUCGGGUAGUGUCAUGCGAGAACGUGAAUUACUGGGGCUUUUGAACCAUCCUUUUAUUUUGGACAUGGUGGCUUCGUUUCAAGAUAGUCACAAUCUGUACAUGCUGCUUCCUUUGAUCCAAGGUGGCGAGCUCUUUAGUCGAGUGGCUUCGGCCAGCCUGGAACAUGGAGGAGGAUUAUCGAGCAAGGAAUCUGCCUUUUAUACCGGUUGCGUGGUAGAAGCCUUGGGACAUUUCCAUCACCGAUACAUUGCCUACCGAGACUUGAAACUUGAGAAUGUCAUGAUUGAUGCUGACGGAUAUUGCAAGAUUGUGGAUCUCGGAUUUGCCAAAGUUGUAGUGGGAAAGACGUACACUUUCUGUGGAACACCCGAGUAUCUUGCUCCUGAGAUUAUCAUGUCCAAGGGCCAUAAUCAUGCCGUGGACUACUGGUCGUUGGGUGUAUUGAUAUUCAUCAUGCAGACCGGACAGUCUCCAUUCUACCGAGCUAACAUUUCUCAAAUGGCCAUGUUCAAAAAGAUAGUCAUGGUCGAAUAUGAGAUGCACCCGGCCAUUGACCCACUCGCAGCAGAUUUGAUUCGAAAACUGUUGGUACGAAAGGUGCCAGAACGAUUAGGAAAUUUGAAGCAUGGUUACCAUGAUGUGAACGAACAUGCAUGGUUCUCGGACAAUGGAUAUCACUACAAGAAACUGCUCAAGAAGGAAGUAGAGGCACCGUGGAAACCAACGAUUCAAAAUCCGUUUGAUGCUUCCAAUUUUGAAGAGUAUGAUUCCACGAAGAGCGACGAGCGUGGAUUCCCGCUUUCCGUGAACGAACAAAAGCUAUUUGAAGGAUUCUAA